GCUGAAGUAAGCCAGUUAUAACUGCCAUGCCAGCGGCAGCCAGGAGUUGUAACUGGGCAGGUGGCUCAUGCCUGUGAUCCUAGCACAUAUGAGGCAGAUUCAGGAGAAUCACCCACGUGUUUGAUGCCUGCUUGAGCUACCUGGAAAGACCUGUCUUCAGACAAAAUGGAACUUAGAACCACCAGCCCAUACCGAUGCUGCUAUGAGUUUUGCACUUGGAGACUGGAGCCAGUUAAUUGAUGACCGCCGCAGCGCUCGCUCUCAUUGGUGGAAGAUUCCAGCCCCACCCACCCGUUCUCCCCUCCAGGUCCUAAAUCCUUGGAGCGUAAUUGAAGGAGUGGCGAGAGUGGGCGUGUCAUCGGAGGUGACGUUUCCGGAAGCUCCGACUGUCAUCCUUCACGAAAGAGCCAAUGUCUGACCCUGGGGAUGUAAGCCUCCCACCCCAAGACCGGGUGAGGAUUCUGUCCCAACUUGGGAGUGCAGUUGAGUUAAAUGAAGACAUUCCACCCCGUCGCUACUUCCGUUCCGGUGUUGAGAUCAUCCGCAUGGCAUCCAUUUACUCUGAAGAAGGCAACAUUGAACAUGCCUUUAUCCUCUACAACAAGUACAUCACGCUGUUCAUUGAGAAACUUCCGAAACACCGAGACUACAAAUCAGCUAUCAUUCCUGAGAAGAAAGAUGCGGUCAAGAAAUUAAAGAGCGUUGCUUUCCCUAAAGCGGAAGAACUGAAGACAGAACUCUUGAAAAGAUACACCAAAGAAUAUGAGCAGUAUAAAGAGCGAAAGAAAAAGGAAGAAGAGGAACUUGCCCGAAAUAUCGCCAUCCAGCAAGAGCUGGAGAAAGAAAAGCAGAGAGUUGCCCAGCAGAAGCAGAAGCAGCUAGAGCAGGAACAGUUCCAUGCCUUCGAGGAGAUGAUCCAGAAGCAGGAGCUGGAAAAAGAACGGCUGAAAAUUGUUCAAGAGUUCGGGAAGGUAGACCCUGGCCCGUGUGGGCCUCUGCUCCCUGAUCUGGAAAAGCCUUGUGUAGAUGUGGCCCCCAGCUCACCGUUCUCGCCCACGCAGACCUCAGACUGUAAUACAACCUUGAGGCCAGCUAAGCCACCCGUGGUGGACAGGUCCCUGAAACCUGGAGCAUUAAGUGUCAUAGAAAAUGUUCCUACCAUUGAAGGCCUGCGCCACAUCGUGGUGCCCCGCAAUCUGUGCUCGGAGUUUCUCCAGCUUGCCAGUGCCAAUACCGCCAAAGGCGUUGAAACCUGUGGAGUCCUCUGCGGAAAACUGAUGAGAAAUGAAUUCACAAUCACGCAUGUUCUCAUCCCCAGACAAAAUGGUGGGCCUGAUUAUUGUCACACGGAGAAUGAAGAAGAAAUUUUCUUUAUGCAGGAUGAUCUUGGACUCCUCACCCUUGGCUGGAUCCAUACUCAUCCAACCCAAACGGCCUUUCUGUCCAGUGUGGAUCUGCACACUCACUGCUCCUACCAAAUGAUGUUACCAGAGUCUAUAGCAAUUGUCUGCUCCCCAAAGUUCCAGGAAACUGGAUUCUUUAAGCUAACUGACUAUGGUCUUCAAGAGAUUUCAACCUGCCGGCAGAAAGGCUUUCACCCCCAUGGCAGAGACCCACCGCUGUUCUGUGACUGCAGCCAUGUCACUGUCAAGGACAGAAUCGUGACGAUCACAGACCUUCGAUAAAUCUCAAUCAUGAACUAGAGAAAUGGCUCACUGGGUUAAAGCACUUGCCCCCAAGCCCAACAACCCAAGUUCAAUUUCUGGGAACCACGUGUUAGAGUGUACUGGGAACACAUAGGAGUGUAUUGACUUCCCCCCAAGUUGUCCUCUAACCUCCACACACACAAAUUAAUUUAAAAAAUGAAUAAAUAUAAUUUACAAAAAGAGUCCUACCCUCCUCUUAAGCUGCGCAUCCUGUUUAGUUUACUAGUCCCCGUGGAGUUAAGUAAGCUUUUAAGACAGGAUAGUCUCACUGGGAGGAGACUGUUGAUUUUUUUUUUAAUUUGAAAUCAUUUUAUUUUUUAAGACAAAUGUGAAAAUGAGCAAAUCACACCAAGCAACUAACUCAAAAAUUAGGAUGCAAGAGAAAACACCUCUCUAGAUCCAACCACUGGCCUUCUUCUGUCCCUCUUGAAAUUCACCUACAACUUGUUCAUCUCUGCCUUUGGACUAAAUAGGGACAUCUGUGCAAAACCAUGAAAGCCAUUUUGAAGGAGUUGGCUUUUUAUUGUUUGUGGCAUUACUAAAAGAGCUUAUCAUUCUGGUGGGAUGUGCAUGAGGCACUCACAGCCCCCAUACAUUGAUUUUGUUUAAAAGUAUAUUAUUUAAAAGGUGAGGGUGUUCUUUUUCUCCUGUAAUAAAACAGCUCACUUGUGUUGUGCUCUAGA